AUGACCACAGAAGCCUCCCGCUGUCUCAACCGGAGUCUGGCCUCGCUCCUCGCCAGACAACCUGGCCGAAAGGCCUCGUCGGCGGGGGAAAGUGGUCACAGCGAGCUGUCUGCGACGCGAACGAUCGGAGACUUGCGGAGCAAGGUGCUGUCGCGGACGGCAAGAACGCCGUCGAUGUCGGCUCCGAGGAGACGGCCAAAGUCGAGAGUCUUGUCGCGGAGGCUGUCGAUGGCAAGGCUGCACUCGGGAGAUCAUCACAAUCUACUGCUGGAGGCCAAGGCAAGGAAGAUCCAGAUGGCUGUCCGCAAGUGGCUCUUUCGCAGGCGGCACAAGGGUGCUGUUGUCCGGCUGCGCAAGCGCAACUCGGCCGCCAAGGAGAUCCUCUCCACCGAAGAGGUGUAUGUGGCGCGGCUCUCCGUCGUUGUCAACGUCUUUCUCGAGCCGCUCCGCUACAACGCGACGCAGGCAGCUAACCCGUUUGUGACGACCGAGGAGAUUGGUGCGAUCUUCUCCUCGGUCGAGCUGAUUCUGGCACUCAACUCGGAGCUCCUGCUCACGCUCCGCGAGCGGAUGUCGGGGUGGAAUCCAGGCGACACGCUGCUAGCGGACAUCUUCCUCCACUUUGCGCCGCUCUUUAUUCUGUACGCCGAGUACUCGUCCAAGUUUGAAGAGGGGAUGAAGACACUGAAUCGGCUCGCGGCCGAUCCGGGGCGCGGCCGAUUUCUGGCCUUUUUGCAGCACUCGGCGUCGCAUCCGGACGUUCCGCAUGGCCUCUCGCUCGCCGACCUCCUCAUUGCGCCUGUUCAGCGACUCCCGCGCUAUGUCCUCCUCCUUCGCGAGCUCAUCCGAUACACUCAGCCGCUGCACCCGGACUACCACGCUCUGCAGGAUGCCAUCGAAAAGGUGACGGCAUGCACAUCGUCAGUCAACUCGGCGAUCUCGCGCCACGCCGCGCUUGCCUCGCUCCUCGACUUUGACGCGACUAUGCUGCCGUCGCCGGCGCUGCCGCAGCUUGUCCAGCCCUGGCGCCGCCUGCUCGGCAAGUACGACGUGACGACUGACGACGGCUCGCCGCUGCUGCUAGUGCUGUUCAAUGACAUGCUGCUGUGGGCGGAGCCGAAGCCGGACUCGAUGUACAAGUACGUGGCGUCGGUCGGCCUCGAGUCGUGCGUCCUCGUCCACCACAUGUCGCAGGUCGACGCCGCUGAACGCGACGAAGGGCCGGAGUUGGACCAGCUCUCGGCCGCGCUGCCUAUCAUUCCACUUGACGGCUUUCACCUGGCGUGGGGCACCGAGCUCUCCACAUUUCACGCCAAGUCGGCCGCCACUGCCGAGGUGAUGAUCUCUGAUAUUCUAGCUGCCAUGGACGAGCGGCUGGCCGCCAAUCCGGACCUAGUUGUCCGGCGCGCCCGCGCCGUUGCGCCGCUUGUGUCUCGGCUUCCGGGCCUCGCGGCCUUUGUCCGCCGCUCUUGGGUCGACGAUGUGUCGGACGCCGGCGAUGCUUCGGAAGACUCGGACGACGACAACGAGGACCGCGAGACGUCGGCAGCCACCGCAUUUCUUCUCGGCGAGAGGGCUUCGGGCGGCGAGCCGUCGACCCGGCCGCGCGCCCCGUCUGGCACUGCUCGCCGCGGCUCGCUAGUCCCGGUCACUCUUGGCUGGCUCCGCGACCUGAGCAUCCCGUCGUACUUUGAGGCCAAGAUCCACUACCACCGCGGCGGCAAGCUCGCAGUGUACAAAGAGCGGCUAGGUGUGGUCGUCCCGCACCUGCUCCUCCUCUUCAAGAACGCCAAGAACUCGUGCUCGCCGUUUGCCGUCUACCCACUCACCGACGGCGAGCAGGUUCUUGGCGUGAACAAGAAGAAGAAGAAGAAGUCGUUUACACUCUCCAUUCCGGGCCUACCACGCCUACACUUUUACGUCAAGACGGAGCCGGAGCUCGUCUCGUGGACUGUCGCCCUCGACGCGGCCAUUCCCGCUGACGCGGCUUCUGCGCGUCAGUUUGCGGCUGCCUGGCCACUCUACUCGCGCCUUCUCCAUCCAGAGCUGACCAAGUCUGCCAUGGUCAAGCAUUCGGACUACGCCGAGCUGGUAUGGGAUACGGUGGCAGCAGCCACCGGGCGUGCCUUCUCGUGGCCGCUGUCGCGGACCAUCCAGCAUUUGCUGCGGGCCAAGGACCCGGCCGACGGCGAGUACGAGGACGCCGCAUUUGUGCCUGCUACCGACAACGAGGGCAGCAGUCAGUCGCGCAUCAAGCUCUCGCACAUCCUCCGUCCAGCGCUGGCCAAAAUGCAGAAUGAUGCGUCGCCAGCGCAGCUGCGCGAGCUUGGCUUUACCGUUGCCCACGUUCUCCUCUGGGGUCGCGUCACUGCUGGCAACGCGUCGGUUGUGGGCUCGGCGCCGCUGAUUCUGGCCGUCAAACGGGUGACGAUUGCGCUGUUCGAGUCGUCGGUCCGCUCGCUUCGCUCGCUCGCCAUGCUGCUCACCGUCGAGCUCCUGGUUGCGCCUGAAGUGCUGAUGCAUCACUACGCCGAGCUCGAUGUGACCGCCGCCGGCGCGGGUCCGCCGCCGCCUGAGGCUGACCGCAACGCCUUUCUCCGCUGCAUGGCGCUGCUGCUGGAGCUGCGGCUGCAAGGGCGGAAGCGGCUCGAGCUGGGCGACGACGCUAAGCUUGUCCACGCUGCGUUUAACGCGCUAGUGGCGCUCGCCUCGGACGUCUUUGCCCGCACCGCGCUCCUCGAGCACUCGCUCAUUGACCACCUUGUGGCGCUCCUCCGCGGCAUGGCGUCGUCAUCACGGGUCUCCAAAUCGGAGACGCCUGUCCACACGGCGGCGGCCAAGGUGCUGCGGCUGCUUGCGCAGCACGACUCGACUCGCCGGGCGGUCAUUGAAGCCAAGGGCCUCGACGUCAUUGUGGCUCUCCUCUCCAAGUACAAGACCGAGGUGGAGCGCGCCGAGCGCGAGGCAUCAUCGACCCAGUCGCGACUCAAGGUCUCGGAGCCGCUGACUAAUGUCAUGACCUCGGUCCUUGCAGUCAUUCAGUUUCUGUGCGUCAACGACGAGCUUCGCGAGCAACUCGCGUCGCUUGUCAUUGUCCCCCACUGCUGGAUCUUUUUGCCAACUCGGGCUUGCCGGACUCGUUCCGCGCCGCUGUCGGCCUCGCUCUGCAGCACUUUGCAUCAUCACACACCGGCCGCAAGCUGGCGCAGGACAUGGGCGCGCUGCCGGUGGCGACACAGGUGAUUGUGGCGCUUGCGGCGCAAGCGCCAUCGCGGCUUUUUGGCAUCACGCUCGCGCUCCUCCAGCACCUCACCUCGGGGCCUGCACUUGAGAAGCAACUGGUGCUGGACACGUUCCGUGACCUCGGCGGUCUCUCGCCGCUGCUCGCCUUUGUGGCUGCGUACCUUGUCGAGGCUACUGGCGCGGUGGCGGACUCGGGCUCGCGGCGCGAGUCGGGGUCAGCCAACGGAAUGUCUGGGGACGUCUCCGGUUCGUCGGCGCGGACAAUGCAGGUGGCGGCGUUUGCGACGCUCGCCAAUGUCAUGGAGGGAAAUCUCAUGAACCGGACGCUGGUGGCGCAGGAGACCUCGCUCCUUCCAUGCAUUCUCGCGCAUCUCCACAACGACGAGACCGAACAGCGGGCUCGACUCCACCUGCUCCGAAUUGUUGCGUAUCUCUCCGAGACGCCAGCCGGCUCGCGAGCCAUUGCCGAGACACCGAACAUUCUUGACUCGAUGCUGGCGAUGCUGACGUCGGACACGUCGCGGAUGCAGCUGCUGGUGGUCCACAUCCUGCGGUUCCUCUCACACGACUCGGCGUUUUCCGAGCAGAUUGUCGAUGCUGUGGCCGAGCGCGAUGCUGUGCCGGGCAUCAUGCGCGAGCUCUCGUCGUCAGACGUGACCGACGAUGACGCCGCUGUCCACCUUGACCGCCUCGCUGCAGUUCUCUCCAUUGACCUGCCCCAGCCAGCAUCGGGCCAAGACGAGAGUCAUGUCGACGAGCCCGACGAGGAGGCGCUGACGUCGCUGCUGGUAAGCGACGACAAGGUUGUGGCACGGGUUCGAGCGCUCUUUGCCUGGCAGACGUCUGACAAGACUCAGCUCUCAAUCCGAGAGGGCGACGUCGUUGCGGUCAUCGAGACGACCAACGAUGAAUGGUGGUACGGUGUCCGCGGCGCCAACGAGGGUUACUUUCCCGCGCAGUAUGUCGAGCCGGUUGAUGCUGACGCACUGGCGGCGCUCAUCGCGGCCAGGAAGCCCGAGGCGGCGGCCGUGCCGGCCAAGCCAGAGGCGACAUCCGCAGCGAGCAAGCCUUCACUGCUCGCCAACGUCUCGGCGUCCUCGCUUCAGCUGGGCGGCGAUACCGAGUCGGGCGCCGACACGGCUGUCUGUGCCGACUCUUCCGCCGACUCGGACUCUGAAUCGUUCACCUACUCGUCGUCGGACUCGUCGCAUGCCGCGUACGUUGCCGUUGUGCCAACCAAGGCCGAUACCAGCCCUGGAGUGGGCGAUUCGGCGGCAGUGACCAAGGUGGCUUCAGUGGCGGUCUCGGACGUCGAAAUUGCCAGCUCGGCCGAGUGCCUCGACAUGGCUCUGUCUGAAGCAGCGGCCGAGGCGGCAGCGGCCGAAAUGGUUGUGGCCGAGACGGCAGGCUCGGACUCGGGCUCGUCAUCGCCCUCUUCGGGAUCGGGCUCGGACUCGGACUCGGGCUCGGACUCGGACUCGGACUCGGACUCGGAGUCGGACUCGGACUCGUCCAGCGACUCGUCAGGCUCGUAAGUGUGACGAGACUCGAGUGGGUGGGCAGUUCAAUGAACAUGUGUGCACUGUAUCUACGACGAUGAUGAGUUCGAGCCCGAGGCGGAGCCGGAGAUCGAGGAAGACGCCGAGCUCGAGGCUGACGACGAGCCGGAAGCUGAGCCGGCCUCAACGGCACCGGCGGCCAUG